UGUAAUCCAUGUGUUUCUUUCACCAGAUUCAGAUGCUUCACAUAGAAAAAUAACAAAAUGAUGCAUGGGAAGAGCGAGUGAAUUGAUAUGAUCAGAAACAUGUUUGUAGGGGGUUGAAAUAGAAACAAGAAAAGUUCUUAAUUUGUCAUUUAUCAUAUUAUACAAAUGUUAUCAUUGAAUAAUAUAAACGUUAUCACUUGUGAUGUUUGAUGACCUUUUUUUUUAUCUGAAUGAUAAAGUAAUUUAAUGUUACUAAAUUAAAAUAAUAACAAUAUACUGUGUUUGUAACAGUGUGUCUAUGGUUGGUAUUUAGUGGGACCAGAAGCGACAAGUAAGUAGCAGCCAAAAUUCUUGUCCCUUCAGUAUAUUCUGUAUGUAAGAUGACUUUAGAAAUUUGGAAGAAAAAAAAAAAAAUGAAAAAAUAUUAAAUAAUUUAUUUAAGUACUUACCAUAAAACAUUUGAAUAAUCUUUGAUAUAUGAUGCCUUGACUUCAGGACAACAUCCACAAUGCAGCCAACAACAGAAACAACCACUGCUACUGUAUCCACAAGACAGGCUACAACAAACACAGAACCAACAGAAACUGCAAUUACAACUAUUCCAGCUCCAAGUACUACAACUGAAGCUCAAACAACUACAGAGGAACCAACCACAGCUACCACUGUAUCAUCAUCUGCAACACCAACCAUCACUACUGAAUCCACAAAACAGGCUACAACAAGCACAGAACCAACAACAGAAACAACUGCAGUUAUAACUACUCCAGCUCCAAACACUACAACUGAAACACAAACAACUACAGAGGAGCCAACCACACCUACAACUGUACCAUCAUCUACAACAGCAAUAUCAACGACCACUGCUGAAUCCACAAGACAGGCUACAACAAGCACAGAACCAACAACAGAAAAUGCAAUUACAACUACUCCAGCUCCAAGCACUACAACUGGAGCCCAAACAACUACAGAGGAACCAACCACAUCUACAACUGUACUAUCAUCUACAACACCAAUAUCAACCAUCACUACUGAAUCCACAACACAGACUACAACAAGCACAGAACCAACAAUAGAAGCAACUGCAGUUACAACUACUUCAGCUCCAAGCACUACAACUGAAACACAAACAACUACAGAGGAACCAACCACACCUACAACUGUACCAUCAUCUACAAUACCAAUAUCAACCAUCACUACUGAAUCCACAACACAGGCUACAACAAGCACAGAACCAACAACUGAAACAACUGCCAUUACAACUACUCCAGCUCCAAGCACAACAAUCACAGAACCAACAAUAGAAACAACUGCCGUUACAACUACUUCAGCUCCAAGCACUACAACUGAAACACAAACAACUACAGAGGAACCAACCACACCUACAACACCAAUAUCAACCAUCACUACUGAAUCCACAACACAGACUACAACAAGCACAGAACCAACAAUAGAAACAACUGCAGUUACAACUACUUCAGCUCCAAGCACUACAACUGAAACACAAACAACUACAGAGGAACCAACCACACCUACAACUGUACCAUCAUCUACAAUACCAAUAUCAACCAUCACUACUGAAUCCACAACACAGGCAACAACAAGCACAGAACCAACAAACGAAACAACUGCAGUUACAACUACUUCAGCUCCAAGCACUACAACUGAAACACAAACAACUACAGAGGAACCAACCACACCUACAACACCAAUAUCAACCAUUACUACUGAAUCCACAAGACAGGCUACAACAAGCACAGAACCAACAACAGAAACUGCAAUUACAAGUACUCCAGCUCCAAGCACUACAACUGGAGCUCAAACAACUACAGAGGAACCAACCACACCUACAACUGUACUAUCAUCAACACCAAUGUCAACCAUCACUACUGAAUCCACAAGACAGGCUACAACAAGCACAGAACCAACAACAGAAACUGCAAUUACAACUACUCCAGCUCCAAACACUACAACUGAAACACAAACAACUACAGAGGAACCAACCACACCUACAACUGUACUAUCAUCUACAACACCAAUAUCAACCAUCACUACUGAAUCCACAACACAGACUACAACAAGCACAGAACCAACAACAGAAACUGCAAUUACAACUACUUCAGCUCCAAGCACUACAACUGAAACACAAACAACUACAGAGGAACCAACCACACCUACAACUGUACUAUCAUCUACAACACCAAUAUCAACCAUCACUACUGAAUCCACAACACAGACUACAACAAGCACAGAACCAACAACUGAAACAACUGCCAUUACAACUACUCCAGCUCCAAGCACAACAAUCACAGAACCAACAAUAGAAACAACUGCCGUUACAACUACUUCAGCUCCAAGCACUACAACUGAAAUACAAACAACUACAGAGGAACCAACCACACCUACAACUGUACUAUCAUCAACACCAAUAUCAACCAUCACUACUGAAUCCACAAGACAGGCUACAACAAGCACAGAACCAUCAACAGAAACUGCAAUUACAACUACUCCAGCUCCAAACACUACAACUGAAACACAAACAACUACAGAGGAACCAACCACACCUACAACUGUACCAUCAUCUACAAUACCAAUAUUAACCAUCACUACUGAAUCCACAACACAGGCUACAACAAGCACAGAACCAACAACUGAAACAACUGCCAUUACAACUACUCCAGCUCCAAGCACAAUAAUCACAGAACCAACAAUAGAAACAACUGCAGUUACAACUACUUCAGCUCCAAGCACUACAACUGAAACACAAACAACUACAGAGGAAUCAACCACACCUACAACACCAAUAUCAACCAUCACUACUGAAUCCACAAGACAGGCUACAACAACCACAGAACCAACAAUAGAAACUGCAAUUACAGCUACUCCAGCUCCAAGCACUACAACUGGAGCUCAAACAACUACAGAGGAACCAACCACAUCUACAAAUGUACCAUCAUCUACAACACCAAUAUCAACCAUCACUACUGAAUCCACAACACAGACUACAACAAGCACAGAACCAACAAUAGAAACAACUGCAGUUACAACUACUUCAGCUCCAAGCACUACAACUGAAACACAAACAACUACAGAGGAACCAACCACACCUACAACACCAAUAUCAACCAUCACUACUGAAUCCACAAGACAGGCUACAACAAGCAUAGAACCAACAACAGAAACAACUGCCAUUACAACUACUCCAGCUCCAAGCACAACAAUCACAGAACCAACAAUAGAAACAACUGCCGCUAAAACUACUUCAGCUCCAAGCACUACAACUGAAACACAAACAACUACAGAGGAACCAACCACACCUACAACUGUACCAUCGUCUACAACACCAAUAUCAACCAUCACUACUGAAACCACAAGACAGACUACAACAAGCACAGAACCAACAAUAGAAACAACUGCAGUUACAACUACUUCAGCUCCAAACACUACAACUGAAACACAAACAACUACAGAGGAACCAACCACACCUACAACACCAAUGUCAACCAUCACUACUGAAUCCACAAGACAGGCUACAACAAGCACAGAACCAACAACAGAAACUGCAAUUACAGCUACUCCAGCUCCAAGCACUACAACUGGAGCUCAAACAACUACAGAGGAACCAACCACACCUGCAACUGUACUAUCAUCUACAACACCAACAUCAACCAUCACUACUGAAUCCACAACACAGACUACAACAAGUACAGAACCAACAAUAGAAACAACUGCAGUUAGAACUACUCCAGCUCCAAGCACUACAACUGGAGCUCAAACAACUACAGAGGAACCAACCACACCUACAACUGUACUAUCAUCAACACCAAUAUCAACCAUCACUACUGAAUCCACAAUACAGCCUACAACAAGCACAGAACCAACAACAGAAACAACUACAGUUACAACUAAUCCAGCUCCAAGCACCACAACUGAAACACAAACAACUACAGAGGAACAAACCACAUCUGCAACUGUAUUAUCAUCUACAACAGCAAUAUCAACCAUCACUACUGAAACCACAAGACAGGCUAUAACAAGCACAGAACCAACAACAGAAACAACUGCACUUACAACUACUCCAGGUCCAAGCACUACAACUGAAACACUAACAACUACAGAGGAAACAACCACAACUACAAAUGUACCAUCAUCUACAACACCAAUAUCAACCAUCACUACUGAAUCCACAACAAAGGCUACAACAAGCACAGAACCAACAACAGAAACAACUGCCAUUACAACUACUCCAGCUCCAAGCACAACAAUCACAGAACCAACAAUAGAAACAACUGCAGUUACAACUACUUCAGCUCCAAGCACUACAACUGAAACACAAACAACUACAGAGGAACCAACCACACCUACAACACCAAUAUCAACCAUCACUAAUGAAUCCACAAGACAGGCUACAACAAGCACAGAACCAACAACAGAAACUGCAAUUACAACUACUCCAGCUCCAAGCACUACAACUGGAGCUCAAACAACUACAGAGGAACCAACCACACCUACAACUGUACUAUCAUCAACACCAAUAUCAACCAUCACUACUGAAUCCACAAUACAGCCUACAACAAGCACAGAACCAACAACAGAAACAACUUCAGUUACAACUAAUCCAGCUCCAAGCACCACAACUGAAACACAAACAACUACAGAGGAACAAACCACAUCUGCAACUGUAUUAUCAUCUACAACAGCAAUAUCAACCAUCACUACUGAAACCACAAGACAGGCUAUAACAAGCACAGAACCAACAACAGAAACAACUGCACUUACAACUACUCCAGGUCCAAGCACUACAACUGAAACACUAACAACUACAGAGGAAACAACCACAACUACAAAUGUACCAUCAUCUACAACACCAAUAUCAACCAUCACUACUGAAUCCACAACAAAGGCUACAACAAGCACAGAACCAACAACAGAAACAACUGCCAUUACAACUACUCCAGCUCCAAGCACAACAAUCACAGAACCAACAAUAGAAACAACUGCAGUUACAACUACUUCAGCUCCAAGCACUACAACUGAAACACAAACAACUACAGAGGAACCAACCACACCUACAACACCAAUAUCAACCAUCACUAAUGAAUCCACAAGACAGGCUACAACAAGCACAGAACCAACAACAGAAACUGCAAUUACAACUACUCCAGCUCCAAGCACAACAAUCACAGAACCAAUAAUAGAAGCAACUGCCGUUACAACUACUCCAGCUCCAAGCACUACAAGUGAAACACAAACAACUACAGAGGAACCAACCACACCUACAACUGUACCAUCAUCUACAACACCAAUAUCAACCAUCACUACUGAAUCCACAAGACAGACUACAACAAGCACAGAACCAACAACAGAAACUGCAAUUACAACUACUCCAGCUCCAAGCACUACUACUGAAACACAAACAACUACAGAGGAACCAACCACAACUACAAAUGUACCAUCAACUACAACACCAAUAUCAACCAUCACUACUGAAUCCACAACACAGGUUACAACAAGCACAGAACCAACAACAGAAACAACUGCAGUUACAACUACUCCAGCUCCAAGCACAACAAUCACAGAACCAACAAUAGAAACAACUGCCGCUAAAACUACUCCAGCUCCAAGCACUACAACUGAAACACAAACAACUACAGAGGAACCAACCACACCUACAACACCAAUGUCAACCAUCGCUACUGAAUCCACAACACAGGCUACAACAAGCACAGAACUAACAAUAGAAACAACUACAGUUACAACUACUCCAGCUCCAAGCACUAAAGCUGAAACACAAACAAAUACAGAGGAACCAACAACAGCUACAACUACAGGCUACAACAAGCACAGAACCAACAACAGAAACUGCAAUUACAACUACUCCAGCUCCAAGCACAACAAUCACAGAACCAAUAAUAGAAGCAACUGCCGUUACAACUACUCCAGCUCCAAGCACUACUACUGA